AUGGCGCACGCACAUCCAGGAUCCAGUUCCGACACAUUAAUAGCACCACCCUCACCAGUCCACACAACAACACACAAACCCAGUACCCUAAUGGAAUCUGAUCUCGAACUCUACCCACUAGAAUCCGAGUCACCCGCCCCAAUCCCCAAACUCUUCCGCGAAGCAAGCGACAUAACCUGGCAAGAGAGCCUGGAGUCAAGUCAAGAACAAGUACCCCUGGUCCGAAGACGUGGAUUACAUCGAUACCGCCUAGUCCACCAACAACAAUUCAAGAACUCCCUUCUCGCCAGUGUGGGAUAUCUCGAACUCGCCAAUGCAGGUGACUUUGCCGCGAAUGUGUGGAACGAUAUACCCGUGCCGACAUUUGCGGCCGUGUUAAUGGGGAUUGGUGGGACUUUAGCCCUGGCAAUGACUUGGGUUGCUGUGCAGGACUUUCGUCUUAGUUGGCGGAAUGUGCGGUUGCUUCGUGAGGAGAGGGAGCAUUUGAUGCGAUUGAAAGCGUAUCAUAGUCAUAAUUAUUCCCAUGAUCACAGUCGUACCUGCAAUGAGGGCACCCCGACUCGGAAUGAGGAGUUAACUCGCGUUCUGGAUAGUCGACUCGGUGUUGGGAUGCGGGAGAUUGGAACGGAGGUCGUGGAUCGUAUUGUGAUGGAUCUGUUAAUGGGGGCGGGAUCGGUGCUUGUGGGUGUUGGAACGUUGAUGGCAAUUGGAGGAGCGAACCCACGGGUAUACAAGGCGAGUAACCUACUCUCGGGGUAUAUCGGCAAUGCUUUAGCUGCGCUAUUUGGUAUUGCGAAUGCCAUUUGGUCGAUAUAUUUGAUACGUCGAUUUCGGAUGUACGAUCGGGCUGUUUUGAGUCAAGAGCCGAGUGAUGAUAUUCGUCGUCGACUGCGGCUACGAUUCAAGAGGUUUCAAUGGCAUUCACUGGUGAAUUGCCUAAAUGGACUCGUCGCUGGUGCCGCGUCAAUGGUGACAGCCAAGUGGUGGGAGGGAUAUGUGGUAUUGAUUCCAUGUAUCAUCUCACUCAUCAUGUGCAAUCACUUCUGGCGCCAGAAACUCGGAUAUGACCGACCGAUCCUAGACCAUGUCUCGCUGGCCAAACUACAGUUGACACCACUGAUCGAAGAUCUGGAAUAUGUCAUUGCCAUGCAACGAGUCCUGGGUGAACUGGAUUCACAAUUGCACCCUGAUCGGGAAUUAGAUCACACCACUCAGCCGAUUGUGCGUGCCGAUUCGCUAGACUCGAUGUUACGUUUUAUCGUGCGAAACCAUAUGUUGGAGACAUAUGUUGAUGAUUUGGCCCACGAUAAAACCACUCGUUCUAUUUUGUCCGAGAUUCCAUCCACCGACUCCACCACCACCAAUGGUCCGGAAACUAUUGUUACGUUGGACGUUCUCCUCCGCCUUUCGCAGGCCAAGCAGAGCCACGCUCAACUUCUUCUCAACCACGCACGGAGGUUUUUAUCCACCGAAGGCGUCCGCAUUUUCACCCAUCGCGAGCGACAUUUACUAGAGUUAUUGGGGUACGCUGUCUGGCAGGAUCAGACCGCAUCUACAGUGGCGCCUCCCACUCUCGCCAAGGACACCAUAGAGUGCAAGUAA